CAAGGGGCUGGAUAAUAAAGAGUGUGGAGUUGAACUAAUGCCAUUGCACUGACUCAUCCCAGGCAAGCAGAGCUCUGGGGCUCGGAGCGCACCAUCGGGAGAGAGCUAGGGAGAGAGAGAGAGAGAGAGAGAGAGAGACAGACAGACAGACAGACAGACAGACAGACAGACAGACCGAGACCCAGACCCACUGAGACAGGGACUUGGGCGAGGCAGGGAGGGGGAGCUGCAGUUGCAACCAGGAAAGAGAAAGACAGGAAAGGAAAGAGGGAGAGAGAAAAAAAAGAGCCCCACCGCCACCUCUCGCGUGCCGGGGGAGAGGGCAGAGAAGCCAGUGUCAGGAUCCCUAAUUAAAGGAGAGCGCAGCUCUGCUCUAAAAGGCAAGAGAGCUCCGCUCGCUCUUGGCCUUGACACUAAGCAGCCAGGAGGACUUGGGUAGGAGCGACUGAGCUUUGCUUGGUGUCCAUUCAAAAGAAAAAGAUUUCCCUUCCCUUUGGGUGGUGUUCGAGGGGAGCCUUCGGACGAGUGGGGAAGGUUUCUUUUUUUUCUUUGUUUUUGUUAUUGUUUUUUUCAAAGCAUUUUUUCAGAUUAUUAUAAUUUUGUCAAGUGUCAGAGCCUCUGAAACUCGGGCGGCUAUUCGAUCCACAGGAAGUUUAUUCUCAGCCUUUUUUUUUUUUUUUUAAGAGGAGGAAAUAGCCGCAGAAGUUUCUCAAAGCGAGCUUUCUUGGCUGAAUGUCCACGGCUCCCACUGACAGGGCUCGCUAGUUUGGUUUCCAGGUUUAUUUUUUCUCUUUACUCCCCCUGCCCCAUUUUUCUUUGCGGACAUCGAUUCCGUUCCCCUUCCCCAAGGAUCCAGAUUCCCCCCGCCCCCAACAGCCCGCUCUCCGGUUGAGAGGGGAAGGGCGAGUGGGAGGGCCCGAAGGGAGGGUCGGACUUUGGGGAGAGAGAGAAAGGGCCAGGCGUCCAGCUGGUGCCCGGCAGAAGUUCUGAGCGCGCCACUCCUGGGCUCAUCGCAGUCGACUUCAGGCUUCUUGCCUCUUCGUCCCCCCCCCCGGGAGCUUUUGGAAGCACUCGGCCUGGGGGAGGGGGGUGGGAAGGGUUUAAAAAUACUGAGACUACCCAGAGAGGAGAUCGUCGGGGGCGAGAACGCUCCAGCAAGUGCGAGGCGGGGAGGAGGAGAAGGAGGAGGAGGAAGAGGAGGGUGGGGGAAAACAAACACUCUGUUUCCUCUCGGGCUCCCACCGCGGAUCAUGUACCAGGAUUAUCCCGGGAACUUUGACACCUCGUCCCGGGGCAGCAGCGGCUCUCCAGCGCACGCCGAGUCUUAUUCCAGCGGCGGCGGCGGCGGCCAGCAGAAAUUCCGGGUAGAUAUGCCAGGAUCUGGCAGUGCCUUCAUCCCCACAAUCAAUGCCAUUACCACCAGCCAGGAUCUUCAGUGGAUGGUACAGCCCACAGUCAUCACCUCCAUGUCGAAUCCGUACACCCGCUCCCACCCCUACAGCCCACUGCCCGGCCUUGCCUCAGUCCCGGGACACAUGACUCUUGCAAGACCCGGGGUGAUCAAAACCAUCGGCACCACCGUGGGCAGGAGAAGGAGAGAUGAGCAGCUGUCUCCUGAAGAAGAAGAGAAGAGAAGAAUUAGGAGAGAGCGAAACAAGCUGGCAGCGGCCAAGUGCCGUAAUCGACGCCGGGAGCUGACUGAGAAGCUGCAAGCGGAAACAGAAGAGUUGGAGGAGGAGAAGUCGGGGCUGCAGAAGGAGAUAGCUGAGCUGCAGAAGGAAAAGGAGAAGCUCGAGUUUAUGCUGGUGGCACAUGGGCCCGUGUGCAAGAUCAGCCCCGAAGAACGUCGGAGCCCGCCAUCCCACAGCCUGCAGUCUGUGCGCCCCGGCGGCGGGGUAGGUACUGUCGUGGUGAAGCAAGAGCCCUUGGAAGAAGAGAUCCCAUCCUCCUCUUCAGCCCUGGACAAGGCCCAGAGGGACCAGCACACUGGCAGUGAGCGACAGCAGAGAGAGGGACACUACAGGAGAGCUUGGCUCUGGGGAGAAUGAAGUGGACUCUGGCGGUGAGGAGUGCGAAGGACCUCAGGGCAGACCAGUGGAUGAAGUGGGGACUCCCUCCUUAAUCCCACAGGCAGCUCCUGUUACCUUCAAAACUUGGGAGAACUCUGUUUUGUGGACUCAUGUAUCUCCCUGAAGCUGGUCUGGACCAUUGCUUUCCCUUUCUUCUGAUAUUGUAUUUUGGAGUGAUGGUUUCUUUCCUUGGCUUCCUUUCCCCCGUGGGGGCACAUUUGAUGCCUUCCCUCCCACUCAAACCAUUCCUGUUCAGCUUUAUUCCCCUUAUAUCGAUUUCUCUCCCUUUUUUGUUUCUCACCCUUCCGGGACAUUUCACGAGGGUGGUCUGAGCACUUAAGACUCCCUUAAGAAUCUUUAUUUGUUUCUGGAGGUAGGGCUGUGAGUAAAUGAUUUUCCUUGAGUCUGAAGUGUGUGGCUUGGGAUACUGGGCCUAAAACCAGGAAACAGGCCACCAAAGGCUCCCCCAGAGACAUGCCCCAUCCCUACCUCCUGGAGUUUGUGAUAGAGCCAGCCCCCUGGCCUUUUCCACCCUCUGUGCAGAGCUGGGAGAGGCAGCUGCUGUGGCUGCUCAAAGAAGAAGGUGUUCGUGGAGGCAGGAGAUGAGAGGCACAGCUCCCCGUGGGUGCGUGCCUGCGUAUGUGCGUGCAGUCAGAGCUGGCUUUGCAAAAUGCUUAAUUACCAACCCAGGAAUAGCGCCAACAAAGCCAGGAGGGUGCCAGCACUGGCUUCCCUCUCUUCGCUGCUGCCUCGAACAGGGCGUCUCCCAUAAUUACUGCCUCUCUACUUGGGCCAGGGACCCUUCUCUCUCCCGCCUGCCUGCCUCUGGAGGCCUCCCUCCCCUGGGAAUCAAGGCAGCCCUCUCCAGGCUCCACCCUCUCCCCCUACAGACGCUCAGAGUGACGCCACCCACGGAGUUUUAAUGAGCGUGGGCCAACUCUCCCCAUCCCUACUGAGGCGGCCCCUCCCCAGCACUGAGGGGAGACACCACGAUAAAGCAUUGGCCUGGGAUAAAAAGGGAAUGGGGAGAGAGAUGGGGUGGAGGAAGGAGGUAGUUGCUGGGAUGGUUUUUUGCAGCUCUCUCUGGCACCCAAGCUCAAACAGACCAUCUCAACCCCUAUGCCCUUACUUGUCUCUGUUAUUACACCGAUGAGGACAGCUCCUGUCUCCUCUGGCACUUUGCUACCUGGUGGAUUGACAGUUUUUUCUGCUUUAAUCUCCCUCCUUCCCCUUCUCUUAUGGUCCAGGCAAUCCAGUGGCAAACACUUGGAUGGGGACACUGGGCUGAUUUUGCUUAUUCAGGGUGGGGCCAGAUCUGUUUGAUCCCCCUGACUGCUAAUGGCUGAGAUAAACCUUCUCAUCCUGCUGCCGUUGGGGAGCAGAGAGCCUCAUUUUACAUGUGGAAAGAGUCAUCUGGCCUCCACUGAAUAUACAGCUUCUGCCUGGCCCAGCCCCUUUCCUUUUACCCCUCUAACUAAAGCCUCUGGUCCUGGGGUUAGGUAGGGGGUUCUCUUUUGGGUCCAUUAACUUGGUUCCUAUCAAUCCUCCUGACCAGUAACUAAUUGAUCCAGUCACUUUGGUGGGCAGGUUUUCCUUUGGUUUAAAACCACUCCCACUGAGACAUUCCUUUGAAGGAGACACACUUGCUCGCAAUUAGGCUCCAAAGAUUGGGUGGUGGUUUUUAAAACAUUUAUUUAAAUCAAACCCAGUAGGGGCAGGUUUUCUAAAUUGGACCCUGGAGUGAGCAACGAGACAUUAAGCCCCUUCAUUGGCUCACCCAGAUCACUUUGCAUAUCUAAUAUAGAUUGAGCACCCAACAUCCAUUGGUCACUUAGGAAUUUGACAUAGCUCCUUUCUAAUGGUCCCCUGUGGGGUGGUGUGUGUGUGUGUGUGUGUGUGUGUGUGUGUGUGUGUGUGGUUGCUACCUAAGAUGCUGGGAAAACCUAGGAUAGGGGGAGGAUGGGAUCUCAUUAAAAUGCACAUUUUUCUUAAAACAAAAUAAAACACUCCAGUGCAAAAUGCUUUAAAACCAAUUUCAUUUCCACAUUCCCUGGCCCUGUUGGAAACUCCUUCCUGGUUGUCCAGGCGGCUCUGGGGACGUGAUCCUAAGUGAACUUGAAUGUUUUGGGUUUCUGACUUCUAGUUAAGCAAAGAACUCCUGAGUCAGCCAAGACCCAGCAUGAAGUGGUGGAAAGUGAGUGAGGCAUGCUUUAUUCUUAAAGGGUUAAUCAUCUCUAGUUGCAUUGGUAUCCAAGCUGGAGCCCUUUGCUUUUAUAUGCAUAUACAUAUAUAUUAAAUGAAGCUGCUUUUUUCUGGUCUUAAAAAAUAUCUUCUAUUUCCCUUUCUGCCCAGGACUGACCUGAAGGUAGGUCAAAGUCUCUUCCACUGAGGCUAUCCUGGACAAUGAAUAGGCAUGAAUCACGGGGUUUCAUUCAUUCAUUCAACAAGCAUCUGUUAAGUACCUACUAUGUGCCAGGAACUCCACUAGGCUCUGGGGAUACAAAACCAGAAGCAAAAAUGGUCCCUAACCUUGAGCUUACAUUCUUCACAUUUAGAUCAAUCAGGCAACAAACAAUAAGUACUUAUUGUGUCCCAGUCACUAUUAGGUAAUGUGGGUACAAAGAUAAAAAUGAUGUCCUUGCCUUCAGGGGUGUUUGUUGAGUUGAAUAGAAAGCCAUGUUGGGACUUUGGGACCAUUUGUGGGCCAAAGCUAGGUGACCCAUAUAACACCUUCAGAAGGUCUUAUAGCUUGAGGCCUUCUCCACUCAGGACCUGCUCUUCUGUGGGAGCGCUCUCAAAGAUAAUGGUUUUAUUCAGGGAAGAUGAAAUUUGCACCUGAUGAUUAAUAUCUUCAAUUUUCUGACCACUUCCUUCCAGGGGAACCGUCAGAGAGACUGAUGCAUCUACACACGAAUACACACAUAUUUCUCCAAGCAGGAGUUAGUGUUAGGUCAGCUGACUCCUAGAAAAGAGUGUUGGAGUUGAGUUGGUUGGGUUGGGGACUGCUCUGUUUCCCAGGAUAUCGGGGUCAGUGAGGCAGCCCUUCAGCCUGGAGUCAGACUGGGCUGGGCAGAGCUUUCUGAGAAGGCUGGGGCAGGUUCUGAGCCGGAGUAUGGAACGCCCAGUCUUUUCUGCUGCCUGGCUGACCUCUCUGAGAACAAGCUAUUCUCUGGAUGGACUGAGGAGGGCCAACUGACAGGGAAGGGAGGGAGGAUCUAGGUGAAGCGUAGGAAAUUGCCAGGGCCAGUUCCAAGAAAAGAAGAUUGGCUUUUGUUUUUUGGGGGAAAAAAAAUAAACACUUUCUUCUGCCUGCCUGGAGGGCUGUGUACAUCCAUUCUGGUCCAAUGUCUUGAGUCAUUCUCUGAAGACUCUUGACAAACAAAGCUAAGCAGAAGCUGCUGGUGGUGUUUCUCUUUUCUGCCUCAAUGGAGGCUUUGCCCUUCAUUGGGCUGCAGUCCUUCCCACAGCUCACGCUCUGGAGAGAUAAAAGGUUUCUUCUCCUUUUCUUGAGGAGCAGUCAGUGCUGCUACACUCCCCCCACCCCCAUUUUACCCCUGGGCAGUUUUCUUUCCCUAACUAGACACCCUGAGGACUAUUUGUUUCCUCCUUUCUACCUCUAACUCUUCCUGAGACUAGAGUUGAGGGGAUAGCAUAGUGCCUGCUAGGUAGGGUUCAGCAGUAAUAGUCAAACAGCUUGUUAAAAAUGAAAGGGUUAUCAUUACAGUAGCUGCUGUCUUUGUCUUUUUCCUCUCUUCCCUUUUCUCCCUCCCAUCCUUCUUCCUCAUCCUCUUAAUGAGGGGACUGGACUAGAUGACUUCUGAUCCUUCGUAGCUCCAACCUCUGAUCCUCUGGUCCACCUCCUCUUUCUCCUCUUCCUUUCACUUCUCUCUCCCUCCCUCUCUGCUUUCUUCCUCUUCUCUUGAAGUUGACAUUUUUCAUCCCUCAACUUUGUUUCAUCUCCCAGAAUGAAUAAUGGCUUUGGAGUCAGUCACGAUUAUUACCUUUGUGAACUUUGAGCAAGUCACAGCCUCCGUGGGUCUCAGUUUCCUCAUCUGUAAAACAAUAGACUAACUAUUCUCUGAGAUCCUUUCAAGCUCUAAAUCUAAUACGAUAAUACUGUUGCUUCUUCUCCAGCACCUUUACUUUGGGGGUACAGUCCAAGACUAGCUUGGGAUAGUCUAGGAUGCACAAUAAGUUCAGGGUAAGACAGUUUGCGGCCGAUACAACUUCAUUUUCGAUCAAUCCUUAACCAAACCUGUCUGAAGCCUUCAUCAUUUGUUUGUUUAGCCCUCUUUUUAAAAGCCAAGAUCUCCUUAUUGGCAGGCAAAUGUGUGUAUGUGUGUGACUGCUCCUACAAAUAAAACCCAAUCUAACUACCACUAACGAUAACUUCCCAUGCUCCUUUUUUCCUCCUAAAAAUUAAAAAAGGAGUCAUUUUGUGUUUUUAUUUCCUGAAUCCCCUAGCAUGCUAGCAACAGUAGGAUCCUAAAGGGGUGGGUCAAACAUUGGGGGACGGAGGGAGAACGCAAUCUACAUUUAUUUCAUUAUUUAUUAAAAUGUUUACAUUUUCUUUGUGUUAUUCUAAACCUGACUAUAAAAAGAAAGCAUUAAAAUACUCAGUUCUGGGUUGUUGUUGUUGUUGGUUUUUUUUUUUUUUUUGGUAAGAUUUUUUUAGGCUGAUGAUGCUUUUUUUUCCUUCUAAAAUGGUUUGUGACUUGUGUUUGUAUAAAAUGUACAAAGAGGUUUUGUGUCUAAAAAUGGAUGUUCAUUCCUUUUGGGGCAGAGGUCAGGAGGAAGUCUAGCAUGGUAUGAAAAUAUGAUCAGAGCCCUGUUCCCUAGAAAUUGUUUUCUCUCCCUGUGUGAUUAAAAGUCAAUUCCAUUUAUUCUAGUGUGUGGUUAAUUAAUAGUAAAAAAGAAAAUACUCAUCUGUGUAUAGAGAAUAGGUAUCAGGGUAUCUUAUGUGGCAAGGGGAGGAGAAAGGAAUUGUAUAUAUUUUGAUACAUGUUCAAAAUAAUAAAUCGUUGUGUAUUAGA